ACAGUUUGAGGUGUUCCUAUUUUUACCAACGUCAUACAUAGUGGUGACGCAAUCACUCGGAGACAGCACGUACUGGAAGUGCUCAGGUUCGGUGUCCAAAGAAAAAGCCUUUUCAUUUUAAACACAACAGACGAUACAUGAAGAUAAACAGAAGUCUCUGAACCUGAUAAACCUAAAGAAGUGUAUUUUUAAAAGUGAAGCCAUAGCUAGAAUGGACUCUGCUUAAAUUCAGGAGAUAAAAAAUAUGCACUUCACAUUCAGGAACCAUGAAGAUACCAAAAUUAGCCAGUGUUUUUCUACUUGUGCUAUGUCUCAUUGUUUAUUUGACAUAUGUCAAGAAGCACAUUGACAUUUCGACUCCUUCAGACUCUAAAGACCUAAUUCAGCCUAGAAAUGGAAAGGAUAAGCUGUGCCAUUCAGAGGUCGGAGACCUUAAUAAAAGUAAUUUCCUGUAUGGGAUCAUGUUUGAUGCUGGAAGCACGGGAACAAGGAUACAUGUCUUCAAGUUCAACAAAACACCAAAUGAGGCUCCUAAAUUGGCACAUGAAACAUUUAAAGCUAUAAAACCAGGACUGUCGCCUUAUGCUGAUGAUCCUGAAAAGUGCACUGCUGGGAUCCAAGAGCUUCUGAAUGUUGCUAAAGAGAUUGUUCCUUGUGACCUUUGGAAGAGCACUCCCCUGGUGCUCAAGGCGACAGCUGGGCUGCGUCUGUUACCUGGUGAAAAGGCUAAGCAGCUGCUGGAUAAAGUGAAAGAUAUAUUCCAGGCAUCACCCUUUCUCUCCAGAGAAGACUGUGUCGGUAUAAUGGAUGGUUCAGAUGAAGGAAUUUCAGCAUGGAUCACAGUUAACUUUUUAAUAGGCAGCCUGCAUGGUCUGGAGCAAAACACUGUAGGAAUGCUGGAUUUGGGAGGGGGCUCAACACAGAUAACAUUCUCUCCACAAGACGAGAAAACAAUCCAAACCUCACCCAUAGACUACAUCACAUCAUUUCAAAUGUUCAGUAGCACCUUCUCACUCUAUUCACACAGCUACUUGGGACUUGGUUUAAUGUCAGCAAGACUUGCUGUUUUGGGGGGGAUAGAGGGGAUGCCCUUGGAGGAAGGAAAAACACUGUUGAGCCCGUGCUUAGCACCGGACUAUGAAGAACAGUGGGAGCACGCUGAAGUAGUUUAUACAAUCAAAGGGCAGAAGGCAGGAGAGCCCAUCUAUGAGUCCUGCUAUAGCAAAGUGGAGAAAAUGCUCUACAGAAAAGUUAAAAAGGCAGAAGAGGUGAAAGACAUGGAUUUUUACGCCUUUUCAUAUUACUACGACAGGGCUGUGGAUAUUGGUAUAAUUGAUGAAGAGACAGGAGGUAAUGUAAAAGUUGAAGAUUAUGAAGCAGCAGCCAGAAAAGUGUGCAAAAGUAUGGAAACUGAUCAAGGGGAGAACCCAUUCCUUUGUCUUGAUCUAACAUACAUCGCGGCCUUGCUCCAAGAACUGGGUUUUCCAAAGGACAAGGUCUUGAAGCUUGCAAGGAAGAUAGACAAUGUAGAAACCAGCUGGGCACUGGGAGCCACCUUCCAUUACAUUGAAUCCCUUCAUAAACACUGACGAAGGACUUGUUCGUACAACAAUAAGCAACCUCUUGUUAACAGGCAUUUUUACAUUUAUGAAACAAUUAUGAACGAUGCAGGAUGCAACUGCAGUCAUUUUGGUAAUAUUUUGGUUCCUUUUGUUUUUGUAGCAGUUUAUAUUACUAUUUUUCACAUCUAAUUUAUAAUACAGUGAAUUACUUUAUUAUUAUAAAUGUACUAUAUACGUCCUAAUAUCAUGGUACUAAAUGUAAUCAACAUCUCUUUGUUUAAGAAGAUUGUUAGUUUUAUGUUUGAUAGUGUGUUGUCUGUAGUUGUACAACAAUAAUUAUUUUCGUUCUGAAUUGGGACAAGGUUAUCACCAUUUUUUUUUUUGUAAUGUAUUUAUUUCAACCAUAGUUAUUUGUACCAAUUAUAUGAAGGAUAUUCUGCCAAAAGAUAUAUAAUGUAUUCAGUUUAAAAUGUGCAUUAUUCUAUACUUAAAAGCACAAACAUUAUUGCAUAAUAAAUACAAGUCCUUGAUCCAUUCA